GACGCGCAGCAAGCACCGUCGGGUGGCAAGCAGGCCAGCAGCCUGUCCGUGCCUCACAAGAAGGAGACGCCAUAUAGUCGAUCGCCCGAAUUGCGCGUGAGCCACAAGCUGGCGGAGAGAAAGAGAAGAAAGGAUAUGAAGACGCUGUUCGAUGAGCUGAGGGUGAUCCUACCAGACGAUAAAGGUCCCAAAACGAGCAAGGGAGACAUUUUGUCCAACGCCAUC